AUUUAUAAAGUCUACUGAGUAAUUAUAAACACACACCUUUAUAUACUAUUCAUUAUAUGUUUUACGUUUUUCCUGUUAAUAAUAGUUUGUUACAUAAAACGACAUAAUUAAAAUAAGAAUUCAAAAUAGGAAAUUAUGAUUUUUCUUUGACUGGCAGUUUGUUACAUAAAACGACAUAAUAAAAUUAAGGUUAAUUUAUAUAACCGUCAAUAAAAAUGUAACCGUAAUUUUUAUUAAUUUACAGAUAAUGAUUUUACUAAACAUUUUAGGAGGGCAUUAAAUUUUAAUUAAUUUGACAUUUGAAGUUUAAGUAAAAUAUGUGAAAACAAAUAAUAUUUGACACAUGGGAGUAAUCAUCGUUACGGUUAAUUAAGAUAUAAUAAUUACAAACUCUUGACCAAGGCUCACACAUGAACAAUGCAUGAUUGCAAAACUGUGUAUUUAAGGCACUAAAGGAGUACACUUUAUAGUAUAUAAACUCAAGUGGGAACCAUCAGAUUCCUCGUACUUCUAAGAAUAAUGUUUUCCCCAGUUUCUGCAAACGCCGGAAACCCACCACCAAAAUGCAACAAACCGACUGUUUCGUCUCUUCCACUGCCAGAUGAUAUCUCAAUGAUUUGCUUGGCGUACGUUCCAAGAUGUGACCACCCUUCACUCUCUGAAGUCUGCAAGACUUUCAACCAAAUCAUCGCUUCCUCGGAGCUUAACCGCCUACGUUCACUCCAUAAAAGCACCGAGAACGUUCUUUACCUUGCCUUGAGAUUCAGUCGCGACCAAAAACCUAUUUGGUACACUCUCAAUCAAAAACCUUCCAAAGAAGAGUCUAACUCUUUGAACCAUAAGUUGGUUCCGUAUCCUUCUUUCCCUUGUCUGCCUUGUUGGGGGUCUAAUGUUAUUGUCAUCGGUCAAGAGAUGUACGUUUUCGGUGGAUGCAUCGACGAUGAGUUAACCACUGAUGCUUUUGCUAUUGAUUGUAUAACUCGCACGUGCCGGUCUCUUCCUAGCAUGCGUGUGGCUCGUGGCUGCGCUGCUUUUGGUGUUGUGGAUGAGAAGAUUUAUGUACUCGGAGGGUGUAACAAGAAGAAGUCGUCGAAAGAUUGGCUUGAGGUUUUCGACCUCAAGAAUCAAACUUGGGAAAGCUUUCCAGGUGUGUGCAACAAAAAUUUGCACGAGAUAACGCUCAAUAGUUUUGUGAUGAACGAGAAAAUUUAUAUAAUGGAUCGUAUAAGAAGCUUUGUGUAUGAUCCGAAGAAAAAUAAAUGGGUGAGUGAAAGCUCGUUGAACAGUGGAUGGGUAGUUGGUUCGUGCGUUAUUGACAACAUGUUGUACACUUUCGGAAUUGAGGAAGGAAUUAGCGUGUACGAUCCGAAAGCUAGGACAUGGAGAAAACUGAAAGGUGUUGAUGAGGAUCUACCUGACAUGCGUGGUAUUCAAGGAGGGUCUAGAAUGGUGAACCAUGGAGGGAAACUAGUGAUUUUGUUUAAGCGUAAUGAAAGUGGGGAAACAAAGAUUUGGUGUACAGAGAUUGCGUUGGAGAGGCGUGGACAAGGAGAGCAUUGGGGGAAGGUUUUGUGGACUAAUAUUGUAGCUACUUUUGAAAACUCCCCCACCAUUGUUCAGUGUGUAGAUGUCAUCAUAUGAUUAAUCAUGUAUGCUUUCCUAGUUGAGUAUGCUCGACUUUGUGUUGUUUAUCUCAUACCCUUUCUCUAAUGAAUUAGACUCUUUUGAUUUUC